AUGGCAUCUCAACAGCUGCACCCGGCCGCCAAGGACCCAAUGGACCAGCUGCAGGACAUGCUGAAUCUGGUGCUAAUGGCCACGGCACACACCUUCAAAGACCCUGUAAGGCGUGAGCCAGGCAGUCAGGCCCAGAUCGACACCAAGAAGCACUUGACCGGCGCUCUUCAUCGCUUUCACGAGUCGCUAGACAGUCUGGACUCGGAGCUUUCCCGAGCGCAGGCGGUCAUGCGAAGGGACCUCGCACUGUGUCAAGCGAGCCGAGUACGGCGGGAGCAAGCAGAGGCAGCGGAGAGAAGCCGACACGAGGCCAAGCUAUCGCCGACCAUUACCAAGCGUGUGCCAUCUCCGAAGCAGGAAGUUCUUCCAAGCAGUGCGCCAAAGACAGACACGACGGAGACCAAGGGGCAGGACAUAAUCAUGAUAGACGAGUCCGUGGCCGGGAAUGAGGACGACAUACACACAGAACCUCAGACGAACAGAAGCGACAUGACAACGCAACCCUCGGCGCAGAGUGCGAAGCCUGCAGUGGCAGCACCGGAAGCUUCGAACGAAGAGACCACGCUUCCGGGCCCUGCGCCCAGCGAUGUUACAGCCCAACAGCAGACCUCUGAGCCCGAAGCACCCGUAGCCGCUACAAUCACCGACGAUGCAAUCGACGAUCACGAUCUCUUUGGCGGCUCGCCUACAGCGGCCGGCAGCAACAAUCUGGAUCUUGAGCACAUGAACUUUGACGACUUCACGAACGGCGACUCGACUUUCCCUCCUACCACCGUAGCAGACGACAUCACUGCAGGCGCAAACAACAAUGCCAACGACGAGUAUGACUUCUCCUCACUCCUCCCUGGCCUUGAGAGCUACGCCAACAACGACUCGGGCUCCUCGAAUGACUUUGGCAUGGUCGAUCUGCCGGGGAGUACAGACAUGUCUCAGGCCCAGAAUCAGUUGCAUCAAACUGACAAUGACACGUUUGGCCAGGACUCGACUUUUGACGACAUUUUCAGCUGGGAUGGUCUCGGUGGCACGGGGGACUUGGGUGAUGACACGAAUCUGGAUGAUCUAUUGAAUGGCUGA